UCAGGAGCGAUGGGUGAUUUUUACGGCUAGCUAAUUCACUGGCAGGUUUAAAUGAACUUUCCAUGGGGUGGAGGUAUUUUGCCCACCCAGUAGCGUUAGAAAAAAACAGCAUACAUCACUUCUUGUUCUUAAGUACGCGUUUGGAGGACGCCCAGUUGUUGAUUUAUACGCCUCUACACCAACUUGUUUAAAAUGGCUCCGGUGCAGAUCGGUUCAGAUGGCCAACUGGUCCCCGUCGGGGGUCCAACCUCUGCCCCGCAGCCUCCUCCCGGUGCUCCGGCCACUCAGGGGGUCCGUCUGAGUGUUUUGAUUGAGUUUCUUCUUCAGCGGACCUACCAUGAAAUAACGCUGUUGGCUGAACUACUCCCACGGAAAACGGACAUGGAAAGGAAAAUUGAAAUAGUCCAGUUUGCCAGUCGAACCCGGCAGCUCUUUGUAAGGCUCCUUGCGCUUGUGAAAUGGGCAAGCAAUGCUGGAAAAGUGGAGAAGUGUGCGAUGAUUUCUGCAUUUCUGGAUCAGCAAGCUUUCUUGUUUGUUGACACGGCGGACCGGCUGGCAUCACUGGCCCGGGAUGCCUUGGUUCAUGCCCGCCUGCCGAGCUUUGCCAUCCCUUUUGCCAUUGAUGUUCUGACCACUGGAUCAUACCCACGUCUUCCCACAUGCAUCCGGGACAAAAUAAUCCCUCCAGACCCUAUCACCAAAGUAGAGAAGCAGACCACUCUGAACCAGCUGAAUCAAAUUCUCCGCCAUCGACUUGUCACCACUGACCUGCCGCCUCAGCUGGCCAACCUUACUGUAGCCAAUGGGCGGGUGAAGUUCCGGGUAGAGGGUGAGUUCGAAGCCACGUUAACGGUGAUGGGGGACGAUCCGGACAUUCCUUGGAGGUUGCUGAAACUAGAGAUCCUGGUGGAAGACAAGGAGACAGGGGAUGGCCGGGCACUGGUGCACAGCAUGCAGGUGAACUACAUCCAUGAGCUGGUGCAGUCCCGCCUGUUUGCAGAUGAAAAGCCGCUCCAGGACAUGUACAGCUGCUUACAUUCCUUCUGCCUGUCGCUGCAGCUGGAGGUGCUGCAUUCGCAGACGCUGAUGCUGAUUCGCGAGCGCUGGGGAGACCUGGUGCAGGUGGAACGCUACCUUCCCGCCAAGUGCCUCACCCUGGCCGUCUGGAAUCAACAGGUGCUGGGGCGUAAGACAGGCACAGCGGCUGUGCACAAAGUCAGCAUCAAGAUCGACGAGACGGAUGGAUCGAAGCCAUUGCAGAUUUUCCAUGAGCCCCCACUGCCAGCCUGUGACUCUAAGUUAAUGGAAAGAGCCAUGAAGAUUGACCAUCUCUCGGUGGAAAAGCUUUUGAUUGACAGCGUGCACGCCCGCUCCCAUCAGAAGCUACAGGAACUCAAAGCCAUACUAAAGAGUAGCAACCCCACUGACAAUUCAUUCAUAGAGACCGCUCUGCCAACACUGGUCAUUCCCAUCCUGGAGCCCUGUGGGCGAUCAGAGUGUCUUCACAUAUUUGUCGACUUGCACUCGGGAAUGUUUCAGCCAAUGCUGUAUGGAAUUGAUCAGUCCAUGUUGGAUGACAUUGAGAAAACCAUCAAUGAUGACAUGAAGCGCAUCAUCACAUGGUUACAGCAGCUGAAGUUCUGGUUGGGUGAGCAGAGGUGUAGGCAGUCCGUGAAGCAUCUACCCACGCUGUGUAGUGAUACUCUGCAUUUGUCUAAUUCUGCCUCUCACCCAGUGGGCAACCUAUCAAAACACCGCCUCUUCAUCAAGCUCACCCGCUUGCCGCAGUACUACAUCGUGGUUGAAAUGUUUGACAUGGCCAGCAGCCCCGCAGAGCUGCAGUACAAGUACUACUUCCUGUCCGUGAGUCAGCUGGAGGGCGUGGAGGGGCUGCCCUGCGCCCAGCUGCUGCAGCAGUUCAAGCCCAACCUGGAGGAGCUGGCACAGGACCUCUCUUCGGGCCGCGCGGCCCGACCCGGCGCCAAGCGGAAGCCUUCAGGAGAGCAGGUGGCUAUUGAGCCUAAGAAGCCCAAGCGCUCAGGGGAGAUGUGCGCAUUCAAUAAAGAGCUGGCCCACCUGGUGGCUAUGUGCGACACCAACAUGCCUCUCAUCAGCCUGCGCUGUGAGUUGUCCAAUAUGGAAAUCCCUCAUCAGGGGGUCCAGGUUGAAGGAGAUGGCUGCACCCAUGCUAUUCGCGUCCUCAGGGUGCCGCCCUCGAAAGGCGUCAGCGAGGAGACGAGGAAGACUCUGGAGCGCUCUCUGCUGGACUGCACCUUCAGACUGCAGGGUCGCAACAACCGCACUUGGGUGGCAGAGCUGGUCUUUGCCAACUGCCCCCUCAACAGCACCUCGAAUAAAGAGCAGGCGUCCACACGGCACGUCUACCUGACGUAUGAGAACCCGUUGUCGGAGCCUGUGGGAGGGAGAAAGGUGGUGGAGAUGUUCCUGAAUGACUGGAGUAGCAUCAGCCAGCUGUAUGAGUGUGUGCUGGAGUUCUCCUGCGCUCUGCCUGACAUGCCCUCCUAUCUGGGACUUUUCUCUGAAAUACGGUUGUAUAAUUACCGGAAGCUGGUUCUGUGUUACGGCAACACCAAAGGCAGCUCAGUGACGAUCCAAUGGAACUCUGUGAACCACCGUUUCCACCUUGCCUUGGGCACGGUUGGGCCUAACUCGGGGUGCAGCAACUGCCACAAUAUCAUUCUUCACCAGCUGCAGGAGAUGUUCAACAAAACCCCCAAUGUGGUGCAGCUUCUACAGGUGCUGUCAGACACACAGGCCCCUUUGAAUGCCAUCAACAAGUUGCCCACUGUGCCCAUGCUGGGCCUGACCCAGAGGACUAACACGGCCUAUCAGUGUUUCUCCAUCCUGCCCCAGUCGCCCACCCACAUCCGCCUGGCCUUCCGCAACAUGUACUGCAUCGACAUCUACUGCAGGAGCAGAGGCGUAGUGGCCAUCCGUGACGGUGCCUACAGUCUCUUCGACAACACCAAGAUUGUAGAGGGCUUCUAUCCUGCUCCUGGGCUGAAGGCAUUCUUGAACAUGUUUGUGGACAGCAACCAGGACGCACGGCGCCGCUCUGUUAAUGAGGACGACAACCCUCCCUCGCCGGUGGGCGUGGACGUCAUGGAUACACUCAUGCCCCACGUGCAGCCCCAGCAGCCAAUCCGAGGCCAAGGGGUUUACCCUCCUCUCACGUCUCCGCCCGCCCCGUACCACAGCAACGUGGCCCCGUCGCCCUCCGUGAUGCCGACGCAGUCGCCAGGGAACAUCCACGCAGCCAAUUCCCCUAGCGGAGCUCUGCGGGCCCCCUCGCCCUUCGGGCCCACCCCGUCUCCCUCUUCUCUUGGCAUUUCUAUGGGCCAGACCUCCAACUUUGCCAGCCCACAUGGCACUCUGGACCCCAGUUCGCCAUACCCGAUGGUGUCCCCUAGCCAGAGGGCAGGAACGUGGCCUGGCUCUCCACAGGUCUCUGGCCCCUCCCCUCGUAUCCACGGCAUGUCUCCCGGCAACCCCUCUCUCCACUCCCCCAUUCCGGAUGCCUCUCACUCUCCUCGUGCUGGGCCCAGUUCCCAGGUGAUGCCGACCAGCAUGCCUCCGCCCCGUAAGCUACCUCAGCGCUCCUGGGCCGCCUCAAUUCCCACCAUCCUUACCCACAAUGCCUUGCACGUGCUGCUGCUACCCUCUCCCACCAUGUGUCUGGUGCCGGGCCUGGCGGGCAGCUACCUGUGCUCCCCGCUGGAGCGCUUUUUGGGCUCCGUUAUCAUGAGGAGACACCUGCAGAGGAUCAUCCAGCUAGAGUCCAACCUCACCAUCGUGAACUCCAACGAGCCGGGCGUCAUCAUGUUCAAGACCGAUGUGUUGAAGUGCAGGGUGGCUCUGAACCCGAAGAGCUACCAGACUCUGCAGCUGAAGGUCACACCAGAGAAUACUGGUCCCUGGUCACAAGAUGAACUGCAAGUUCUGGAGAAGUUCUUUGAGACAAGGGUGGCAGGUCCACCGUUCAAGUACAACACACUAAAUGCUUUUACAAAGCUACUAGGAGCUCCCACCAACAUUCUCAGAGACUGCGUUCGCAUUAUGAAGCUCGAGUUGUUCCCUGACCAGGCUGCCCAGCUGAAGUGGAACGUGCAGUUCUGCCUGACCAUCCCCCCCAGCGCCCCUCCCAUCGCUCCUCCAGGAACCAUCGCCGUAGUGCUGAAGACCAAGAUGCUUUUCUUUCUCCAGCUGACCCAGCGGCUAGCAGGGCCACAGGAGCCCAUCAGCAUCAUAGUGCCCAUUGUGUAUGACAUGGCCACAGGACUAACCCAGCAAGCCGACAUCCCCCGCCAGCACAGCUCCUCCGGGGCUGCUGCUCUCAUGGUCAGCUCCAUCCUCAGGAGGUUUAACGAGCACCAUCCGGCUCGGCCAGGAGAGUGCACCAUAUUUGCUUCAGUUCAUGAACUCAUGGCUAAUUUCACCCUGAACCCUGGUGGACGGCCUUAAGAGAGCAUGGUUCGGCUUCUACGGACUGAGCUUGCUUGGCUUGCUGUAUGGACAGCCAUGGUUCUCAGCGAAAGCGAAUGAACGUUUCUUCAGGUGUACAAACUGUCAAAGAAGGGAGAGAAAAUAUGAUGGACACUGGUUCUGUUUCAUAUAAUGACAUAUGUAAAUGAAUGAAGGACAGCACAUUUGAAAACGUGUUGGUUGAGAGUACCAUGCAUACGACUAUAAAUUCAUAGAGAGGAUGAUUUAUUUUUGUUUGAGUGCACUUCCUAAAUAAAGGUUUCAAAAUAGAUAAAUAGGUUUGUUGACCUUCAACUGUAAAUGUUUUUUUAUUUUUAUUUUAAUGUCUGCCUUAAAAAAAAAAAAAAAAAAAGCAUUUUGGAAAAAA